GGUAGUACUAAGUCCUACGGACCCACACCACAACAAGAGAUGGGGGUGUGGGGAGAGAGGGGCAGAUGGUUUAUGCAGAGCGCAUUCAAAGCGCAAGUGUUACAUUCGAAACUCCAGCGAGAUUUCUUGAGGAGCGCGGCGGACGAAGCUGGAGCCAAUGAUGGAAAUGUCAAAUCUAACCCUGGUUGUGACUCUCGAUUUGACCCUGCGUUAAGAAGCUUCAGUGUGGAAUCAAGAAAAAGGGGCAUGGAAAUCACAGACCAGUCCGGAAACAAUAGCUUCUUCCCAAUUGGCAAUCGUGACAACCAGAUGUGGGCGAAGACUUUUCCUUUGCGAAAUUAUGGCUUAGAGGAGGAGCAUCCGCAAGCACAAGGGAGGGAAUUUUUUCAGGGUGCAAACAAUUCCACGGAAACUAAUAGCUCUGAUGAGGAGGCAGUCCAGGACAACAGGUUGGAGAGGAACGAGUGCAAAAUGAAGCAGAUUGAUUGUGGAAGAUCGGUGGAUGGGAGUGGAGGGAGGGAGGGAAGCGGGUCAACAUUGAACGAUUACGGGGUUGACUUAAGAUGGGAAGGGAAGGAAAGCGAUAGUGCAAGGGUCAAUAGAGACUUUCUUGUCUCAACCAUGGACAAGUGGGCGAAGUUGAGUCCAGAGGAGUUCUGGAGAGAUGGGCCGCAUCUGUUCCGCUGUGAGCAAUCUCUUUCAGUGAGAGACGACAGUAAUUCUCAGGGAGUUUCAAAACAGCAUGCCCGGCCAGAUGCAGGAGAAGAAAACAACGCGGUCUUUUCUUCUUCUGCCACUCGGUAUCUUAAAGGUGGUGGGACGGUGAUAGAGGAGGAGGAGGAGGAGGAGGAGGAGGAGGAGGAGGAGUGGGGAAGGAUGGAGAUGGCUAGUUAUGAGCAAAGAAGAGAGUCAGCUGCGUAUGAGAAUAGAGUGCCCGUAGAAUGCAAUUGGGUGUCAGAGGAGGAUGGAGAGGUAGAGGGUGGUUAUCCAAAAAAGGUAGAGGCCCUAGAGGGAACUCAGGGACGGGAAGACUAUGGUGCAAGAAAGCUACCUUCUUUCUCUUCUUCUCUGUCCUCCUCGUCUUCUUUUCCUUCUUCUGCCAUCCACAGGCACAGAAAACAUUUUCCUGAUUCCAAGGAGGUAGACAGUGUCUUGGAUUCGCAGGAGGUGGACAAUGUCUUGUAUUCGGAGGUGAACAAAGGGCAUGACAGUCUCGGUAAGGAGAGCGAGAGCAGCAACGGAAUUGAUGACGCUGAUGGAGAUGGGCAAAAGCCAUCUGCUUCCAGCAGAAGAUGGAAAAGACGAGCGCAUUCUGACGAGGAGAAUGAGGGGGCAGAGGCGGACGGAGUCUUGGAUUCGGUGGAGAAUAGGGGUAACCGUCUUGGUACAGAGAGGGAGAGCAGCAACGACAUUGAUGAUGAUGAUGGAGAUGGGCAAAAGCCAUCUGCUUCCAGCAGAAGAUGGAAAAGACGAGUGCAUUCCGAUGAGGAGAAUGAGGGGGCAGAGGCAGAUGGCGUCUUGGAUUCGGUGGAGAAAAGGGGUAACCGUCUAGGUAAGGAGAAGGAGAACAGCAACGGAAUUGAUGACGGUGCUGGAGCUGGGCAAAACCCAUCAGCUUCCAGAAGAAGAUGGAAAAAGCGAGUCCAUUCUGAUGAGGAGGAGAAUAAGGGGUGGAGCCGUUCCGGUGACGGGAGAGAGAACAGCAAGGGAGUUGAUCGUGACGAUGAUGGAGAUGUGCAAAAGCCAGGUGCUUUUUGGAGAAGAUGGAGGAAGCGAGUGCCUGGUUCAGGAGAGGUGGACAUUGGUGCGGAUCCUGAUGAGGAGGAGAAUAAGGGGUGGAGCGGUUUCGGACCUUUCGGUGAGGAGAGAGAGAAGAGCAAGGGAAUUGCUAGUGACGAUGAUGGAGAUGGGCAAAAGCCAGUUGCUUUGCGGAGAAGAUGGAGCUAUGGAGGGGCUCGGGAAAAUUGCCAUACCUACGGCAGUCACUCCGAUACAGACGAAGAAAGUGAUAAAGAGGUUCGGUUGAGACGAGCCCUUGAUUCGCUGACUCCGCAAGGAAGGAGGAUCCAACGGUGCAUGAGGAAGAUGGCUCGACGCCAUUGCCAACAGAUGGAUGGAAUCUCUGACUUGGAUGGCUUUCCCAAUCCCAAUUUGGACGAGAAUUCAGCUGUUGACAUGUACUCCUCUGGUGAGCUGGACAAUGAACCAAUAUCUGUGCAACAACGACUCAAGGGAUGGUAUCGGGAUGGAGACGAGUCGUCAAGUUCGUCAGGAUGGUAUCUCAACGAUCUUGCUGGGUAU